GUAUCAGCAUACAAAAGCUUAAAGCUGAUAGUUAGUACUUUUAACAAUGAAUCACCUUGAUCAAUUGAUGUUUUCUUAAGAUUUACUGAGACCGCUCAAUUGCCGCUGAAAAAGUUAUACAAAAGAAAUUAACAAUCGACCACUAAUUAAUUUGAGAUGAGUUUGCCGAUAAAUCCCAAACCAUUCCUGAACAGCUUGACUGGUAAGACUGUCAUCAUCAAACUGAAAUGGGGAAUGGAUUAUAAAGGCUACUUAGUUUCUGUUGAUGGUUACAUGAAUUUGCAGCUUGCUAAUACAGAAGAAUACAUUAAUGGGGAGCCUAAAGGAAACUUGGGUGAAGUUCUUAUUCGAUGCAAUAAUAUCCUGUAUAUUCGAGGUGUUGAUGAGGAAGAAAAGGAUACUGAAAUGAGAGAUUAGAUUAUCUACUCUCAUUUACUUCUCAUCCAUGCAAAUGUAUAAAAAGAUCAUAUUUCUUCAUUAAAAGUGGUGUUGUAAUAAAGUGUUUUUGAUGUUC